GGCCUGAAAAGCCCGGCCGGAAGUCUCGUUGUGUGGUUGUGCUCUCGGACAGGCGGCGGGAUAGUUGUGUUGUAGAGUUAGCUGUUAGCUGUUCUGAGGGAUAAACGGACUAACUUCAGGUAAAAAAACACACUUUAAUCACAGUAUCCAUGUUGGUUUGAGCUUCUUUAUCGACGCCAACACGAACCGCUGCGUUAUAAGGCUGUCUGCGCAUGCGUUAGAGCUCUCUGCUAACCUGCUAAUUAGCCUCUGUUAGCUCCGUGCUAACGUUAGCUUUAGCUUUAACUCCAGUGUUUUUGUGUCUAAUUUAAUAUCUUAACGGAAUAAAAACAUGAUGAAAGAUUCAGAGAACAGGUCCGUAAAUGUCUUUACUCACUAAUAAUUCAGAUAACUAUGAAAUUAAACUAAAACUGCGGUUAGUUUGUUCAUGUAGAGAAAAUAAACUCAGAUUUUUACUGUUACAGAGAAAAACACGAUCAGAUAGACUGACUUUAGAAACACAAAAACACAGUUUAAUAACCUUUAAAUGAUCUACAAUACUCUAAAUAAUGUGGACAAUAAUCAAUAAUCAUUAAAAACACAGUUUAAUAACCUUUAAAUGUUCUCUAAUACUCUAAAUAAUGUGGACAAUAAUCAAUAAUCAUCAUGAUUUAUUGUUUUCUGACAAUAAAUACCUUUUAGAGAGGAAUCCUGAUUUAAUGUUCCUCAUAGAAGUGAAGAAAAAUAAAUAAUAGAUAAAUGUAAAAACAAAAACAUCGACUGAUUCAAAUGAAAUUGAUUUAAAACCGUUUAAAAAAAGAUUAUUUAUUGUGUUUCUGUGGAAAAAAGAGCAACUAAAGGUUAAAAUAGAUGUUGUGAAGUUUAAAGUUGGAAAGAGUGAGCUUCAUUCUGAAAGACUAACAGCAUUUAUUUAAAUAAAUUUAUAUUUAUACGGAAGAAAUCCUUUAAUGAAUAUGUGAAGAACUUUUGAUAGUGAUUGUAAAAAGUGUGAAUAUUAAUGUUAUUUCUCUUUUACUAUUAUGGUUAUUAUCAUUAUUAUCAUUAUUAUGAUUAUUAUUGUUAUUGUUGUUAGUGUUUAUAAUUAUUUAAAAAUAUUCUCUCUCUCCUCUGUGACUCUUUGAACGCCCGUAUCCAAUCAUUAUCAUGACCAUUAUGUCAUAAUUUAUAAAGAUAAAAUGUAAAACCGGUUCUCAACAAGAACCAAGGAUCACACGGACCCCUCUGGAUCUUCAGGGUCUCAUGUUGAGGGGGUCUGCUGGUUCUGCUGGUUCUGGUUGGACCCGGGAAGCUCAGGUGUGUCUGUUUUUGAUGUUACCUUCGUCUGUGUUUUAGACCAAUGGGAGACAGCGAUGACGAGUUUGACCGAAGGAGGCGGGACAAGUUCAGAAGAGAGAGGAGCGACAUGGAGCGGUCGAGAGAGAGGGAGGAGCGGAGGAGGGACGACUGGCCCGACAGGUACACCUGCACACCUGAGGGCGCCACGACAACCUGUGUGUGUGUGUGUGAGAGAGUGACGUGUUAAAGUGCUCUGUGUGUGUGUGUGUGUGCGCGCGCAGGGACUGGGAGCGCGGCAGAGAGAGGAGGCGGGACUACGACCGUGGUCGCAGAGAGAGGUUUUCUCCACCCCGACACAUCAGCCCCCAACACAAACGCCUGAGGAGAGACUGGUGAGGGAGGGAGGAGAGAGGAGGAGAGGGAGGGAGGGAGGGAGGAGAGGGAGGGAGGAGAGACUGGGGAGGGAGGGAGGAGAGGGAGGGAGGGAGGAGAGGGAGGGAGGGAGAGACUGGGGAGGGAGGGAGGAGAGGGAGGGAGGAGAGACUGGUGAGGGAGGGAGGAGAGGGAGGAGAGGGAGGGAGGGAGGGAGGAGAGGGAGGGAGGAGAGACUGGGGAGGGAGGGAGGAGAGGGAGGGAGGGAGGGAGAGGGAGGGAGGAGAGACUGGGGAGGGAGGGAGGAGAGGGAGGGAGGAGAGACUGGUGAGGGAGGGAGGGAGGAGAGGGAGGGAGGAGAGAGGAGGGAGGAGAGAGGAGGAGAGACUGGUGAGGGAGGGAGGAGAGAGGAGGGAGGGAGGGAGGGAGGGAGGAGAGACUGGUGAGGGAGGGAGGAGAGGGAGGGAGGGAGGAGAGGGAGGGAGGAGAGACUGGUGAGGGAGGGAGGAGAGGGAGGAGAGGGAGGGAGGAGAGACUGGUGAGGGAGGAGAGAGGAGGAGAGAGAGAGGAGGAGAGGGAGGGAGGAGAGACUGGUGAGGGAGGGAGGGAGGAGAGGGAGGGAGGAGAGACUGGUGAGGGAGGGAGGAGAGGGAGGAGAGGGAGGGAGGAGAGACUGGUGAGGGAGGAGAGAGGAGGAGAGAGAGAGGAGGAGAGGGAGGGAGGAGAGGGAGGGAGGAGAGACUGGUGAGGGAGGGAGGAGAGGGAGGAGAGGGAGGGAGGAGAGACUGGUGAGGGAGGAGAGAGGAGGAGAGAGAGAGGAGGAGAGGGAGGGAGGAGAGACUGGUGAGGGAGGGAGGGAGGGAGGGAGGGAGGAGAGACUGGUGAGGGAGGGAGGAGAGGGAGGAGAGACUGGUGAGGGAGGGAGGAGAGGGAGGGAGGGAGGAGAGAAGAGGAGAGAGAGAGGAGGAGAGGGAGGGAGGAGAGACUGGUGAGGGAGGGAGGGAGGGAGGAGAGGGAGGGAGGAGAGACUGGUGAGGGAGGGAGGAGAGGGAGGGAGGGAGGGAGGGAGGAGAGAGGAGGAGAGGGAGGAGAGAGGAGGAGAGACUGGUGAGGGAGGGAGGAGAGGGAGGGAGGAGAGGGAGGGAGGGAGGGAGGAGAGGGAGGGAGGGAGGGAGAGAGGAGGAGAGGGAGGGAGGAGAGGGAGGAGAGGGAGGGAGGGAGGGAGGAGAGAGGAGGGAGGGAGGGAGGAGGAGAGACUGGUGAGGGAGGGAGGAGAGGGAGGAGAGGAGGGAGGGAGGGAGGAGGGAGAGACUGGUGAGGGAGGGAGGGAGGGAGGAGAGGGAGGGAGGAGGAGAGACUGGUGAGGGAGGGAGGGAGGGAGGGAGGAGAGGGAGGGAGGGAGGAGAGACUGGUGAGGGAGGGAGGGAGGGAGGAGAGGGAGGGAGGGAGAGACUGGGGAGGGAGGGAGGAGAGGGAGGGAGGAGAGACUGGUGAGGGAGGGAGGGAGGGAGGGAGGGAGGAGAGGGAGGGAGGAGGAGAGACUGGUGAGGGAGGGAGGGAGGGAGGAGAGGGAGGAGAGACUGGUGAGGGAGGGAGGAGAGACUGGGGAGGGAGGGAGGAGAGGGAGGAGAGACUGGUGAGGGAGGGAGGAGAGGGAGGGAGGGAGGAGAGGGAGGGAGGAGAGACUGGUGAGGGAGGGAGGGAGGGAGGAGAGGGAGGAGAGACUGAAGAGGGAGGAGAGAAGAGGAGAGAGAGAGGAGGAGAGGGAGGGGGAGGAGAGACUGGUGAGGGAGGGAGGGAGAGGGAGGAGAGACUGGUGAGGGAGGAGAGAGGAGGAGAGACUGGUGAGGGAGGGAGGGAGGGAGGGAGGGAGGAGAGGGAGGAGAGGGAGGGAGGGAGGGAGGAGAGGGAGGAGAGACUGGUGAGGGAGGGAGGAGAGACUGGUGAGGGAGGGAGGAGAGAGGAGGAGAGAGGAGGGAGGAGAGACUGGUGAGGGAGGGAGGGAGGGAGGGAGGAGAGACUGGGGAGGGAGGGAGGGAGGGAGAGACUGGGGAGGGAGGGAGGGAGGGAGGAGAGACUGGGGAGGGAGGGAGGGAGGGAGGAGAGACUGGUGAGGGAGGGAGAGAGGAGGAGAGAGGAGGAGAGGGAGGGAGGGAGGGAGGGAGGGAGGGAGGAGGGAAGGAACGAGGGAGGAGAGACUGGUGAGGGAGGGAGGGAGGGAGGAGAGAGGAGGAGAGACUGGUGAGGGAGGGAGGAGAGAGGAGGGAGGAGAGGAGGGAGGGAGGGAGGGAGGGAGGAGAGACUGGUGAGGGAGGGGGAGAGGGAGGAGAGGGAGGGAGGAGAGAGGAGGAGAGGGGAGGAGAGACUGGUGAGGGAGGGAGGAGAGGGAGGGAGGAGAGAGGAGGAGAGACUGGUGGGAGAGGGAGGAGAGGGAGGGAGGAGAGACUGGUGAGAAAGGGAGGAGAGGGAGGAGAGGGAGGGAGGGAGGGAGGAGAGAGGAGGGAGGGAGGAGAGACUGGUGAGGGAGGGAGGGAGGGAGGAGAGACUGGUGAGGGAGGGAGGAGAGACUGGUGAGGGAGGGAGGAGAGGGAGGAGAGGGAGGGAGGGAGGAGAGACUGGUGAGAAAGGGAGGAGAGGGAGGAGAGGGAGGGAGGGAGGGAGGAGAGAGGAGGGAGGAGAGACUGGGGAGGGAGGGAGGAGAGGGAGGGAGGAGAGACUGGUGAGGGAGGGAGGGAGGAGAGGGAGGAGAGAGGAGGGAGGAGAGGGAGGGAGGAGAGAGAAGAGACUGGUGAGGGAGGGAGGAGAGGGAGGAGAGAGGAGGAGAGGGAGGGAGGAGAGACUGGUGAGGGAGGGAGGGAGGAGAGGAGGAGAGACUGGUGAGGGAGGGAGGGAGGAGAGGAGGAGAGACUGGUGAGGGAGGGAGGAGAGGGAGGAGAGAGGAGGGAGGAGUGGGAGGAGAGGGAGGGAGGAGAGACUGGUGAGGGAGGGAGGAGAGGGAGGGAGGAGAGAGAGAGGGGGAGAGACUGGUGAGGGAGGGAGGGAGGAGAGGGGGAGAGACUGGUGAGGGAGGGAGGAGAGGGAGGAGAGAGGAGGGAGGAGUGGGAGGAGAGGGAGGGAGGAGAGACUGGUGAGGGAGGGAGGAGAGGGAGGGAGGAGAGGGAGGAGAGACUGGGGAGGGAGGGAGGAGGGGAGGGAGGGAGGGAGGAGAGAGGAGGGAGGGAGGAGAGACUGGUGAGGGAGGGAGGGAGGGAGGAGAGACUGGUGAGGGAGGGAGGAGAGACUGGUGAGGGAGGGAGGAGAGGGAGGGAGGGAGGGAGGGAGGAGAGAGGAGGGAGGAGAGACUGGGGAGGGAGGGAGGAGAGGGAGGGAGGAGAGACUGGUGAGGGAGGGAGGGAGGAGAGGGAGGAGGGAGGAGAGGGAGGAGAGGGAGGGAGGAGAGAGAAGAGACUGGUGAGGGAGGGAGGAGAGGGAGGAGAGAGGAGGAGAGGGAGGGAGGAGAGACUGGUGAGGGAGGGAGGGAGGAGAGGGAGGAGAGACUGGUGAGGGAGGGAGGGAGGAGAGAGGAGGAGAGACUGGUGAGGGAGGGAGGAGAGGGAGGAGAGAGGAGGGAGGAGUGGGAGGAGAGGGAGGGAGGAGAGACUGGUGAGGGAGGGAGGAGAGGGAGGGAGGAGAGAGAGAGGGGGAGAGACUGGUGAGGGAGGGAGGGAGGAGAGGAGGAGAGACUGGUGAGGGAGGGAGGAGAGGGAGGAGAGAGGAGGGAGGAGUGGGAGGAGAGGGAGGGAGGAGAGACUGGUGAGGGAGGGAGGAGAGGGAGGGAGAGACUGGGGAGGGAGGGAGGAGAGGGAGGAGAGGGAGGGAGGGAGGGAGGAGAGAGGAGGGAGGGAGGAGAGACUGGUGAGGGAGGGAGGGAGGGAGGGAGAGACUGGUGAGGGAGGGAGGAGAGACUGGUGAGGGAGGGAGGAGAGGGAGGGAGGGAGGGAGGGAGGGAGAGAGGAGGGAGGGAGAGACUGGGGAGGGAGGGAGGAGAGGGAGGGAGGAGAGACUGGUGAGGGAGGGAGGGAGGAGAGGGAGGAGAGAGGAGGGAGGAGAGGGAGGGAGGAGAGAGAAGAGACUGGUGAGGGAGGGAGGAGAGAGGAGGAGAGGGAGGGAGGAGAGACUGGUGAGGGAGGGAGGGAGGAGAGGAGGAGAGACUGGUGAGGGAGGGAGGGAGGAGAGGAGGAGAGACUGGUGAGGGAGGGAGGAGAGAGGAGGAGAGGGAGGGAGGAGAGACUGGAGAGGGAGGGAGGAGAGGGAGGGAGGAGAGAGAGAGGGGGAGAGACUGGUGAGGGAGGGAGGGAGGAGAGGAGGAGAGACUGGUGAGGGAGGGAGGAGAGGGAGGAGAGAGGAGGGAGGAGUGGGAGGAGAGGGAGGGAGGAGAGACUGGUGAGGGAGGGAGGAGAGGGAGGGAGGAGAGGGAGGAGAGACUGGGGAGGGAGGGAGGGAGAGGGAGGAGAGGGAGGGAGGGAGGGAGGAGAGAGGAGGGAGGGAGGAGAGACUGGUGAGGGAGGGAGGAGAGGGAGGAGAGACUGGUGAGGGAGGGAGGAGAGACUGGUGAGGGAGGGAGGAGAGGGAGGGAGGAGAGGGAGGGAGGGAGAGGGAGGGAGAUACUGGUGAGGGAGGGAGGGAGGGAGGGAGGGAGGGAGGGAGAGACUGGUGAGGGAGGGAGGAAAGGGAGGGAGGAGAGGGAGGGAGGGAGGGAGAGAGGAGAGGGAGGGAGAGACUGGUGAGGGAGGGAGGGAGGGAGGGAGAGGGAGGGAGGGAGGAGAGAGGAGGGAGGGAGGGAGAGACUGGUGAGGGAGGGAGGAGAGGGAGGGAGGGAGGGAGAGAGGAGAGGGAGGAGAGACUGGUGAGGGAGGGAGGGAGGGAGGAGAGGGAGGGAGGAGAGACUGGUGAGGGAGGGAGGGAGGGAGGAGAGACUGGUGAGGGAGGGAGGAGAGGGAGGGAGGGAGGAGAGAGGAGAGGGAGGAGAGACUGGUGAGGGAGGGAGGGAGGGAGGAGAGGGAGGGAGGGAGGAGAGAGGAGGGAGGGAGGAGAGACUGGUGAGGGAGGGAGGAGAGGGAGGGAGGAGAGAGGAGGGAGGAGAGACUGGUGAGGGAGGAGCGCUUCAUUUCUCCUCAGUCAUCUCUGAGUGCUCCUCUUUAUAACCCCGCCCACUCUUUCAGGGACGACCACCGGGGGGAGCCGUACCGCUUUGACCUGCCGUAUGGAGGAGGAGGAGGCGGGCCUCCGUUUCCAGGGGCGGGGCCUCAGGGCUGGCACCCUGACCUCCCACACCUCCAUCCUCACCAGGGAGGUCACCCGCUGCAGGGAAGGUCAGUUAUACGAGGUCCUGGGGGGCGGAGCCUAUCACAGCUGUCAAUCACAGAGGAUCAGCACACAGCAAACGCACAACGAGACUCACACACACCUAUACCUCCUCCUGCUCCUCCUCCUCCUCCCUCCCCCUCUGCCCCUCUCUCCUCCCCUCUCCUCUCUCCUCUCCUCUCUCCUCCUCUCCUCUCCUCCUCUCUCCUCCCCUCUCCUCUCUCCUCUCCUCUCUCCUCCUCCCUCUCCUCCUCUCUCCUCCUCCUCCUCUCUAACCUCUCCGUUUGUUCUGGUUCAGGUUGGGGAUCGUGGACCCGGACCUCCCUCCUCCUGGUCCUCUCUCCUCCCCUCUUCUCUCCUCUCUCCCCUCUCCUCCUCUCCUCUCCUCCCCUCCUCUUUCCUCUCCUCCUCCUCUCCUCCUCCUCCUCCUCCUCUCUCCUCCCCUCUUCUCUCCUCCUCCCUCUCCUCUCCUCUCCUCUCUCCUCCUCUCUCCUCUCCUCCCUCUCCUCCCUCUCCUCCUCCCCUCUCCUCCUCCUGGUCCUCUCUUCUCCUCUCCUGGUCCUCUCCUCUCUCCUCUUCUCCUCUCUCCUCUCCUCCUCCCCUCUCCUCCUCCUCUCUCCUCUCUCCCCUCUCCUCCUCUCCUCUCCUCUCUUCUCUUCUCUUCUCUUCUCUCCUCUCUCCUCUCCUCUCCUCUCCUCUCCUCUCCUCUCUCCUCUUCUCCUCUCUCCUCUCCUCCUCCCCUUUCCUCCUCCUCUCUCCUCUUUCCUCUCCUCCUCUCCUCCUCCUCUCCUCCUCCUCCUCUCUCCUCCUCCUCUCUAACCUCUCCGUUUGUUCAAGUUCAGGUUGGGGAUCUUGGACCCGGACCUCCCUCCUCCUGGUCCUCUCCUCUCCUCUUCUCUCUCCUCCUCUCCUCUCCUCUCUCCUCCUCUCCUCCUCUCCUCUCCUCCUCUCCUCUCUCCUCCUCCCUCUCCUCUCCUCCUCUCCUCCCCUCUUCUCUCCUCCUCUCUCCUCCUCUCCUCUCCUCUCCUCCUCUCCUCCUCUCUCCUCCUCCUCUCUAACCUCUCCGUUUGUUCUGGUUCAGGUUGGGGAUCGUGGACCCGGACCUCCCUCCUCCUCUCCUCUCCUCCCCUCCUCUCUCCUCUCUUCUCCUCUCUCCUCCUCUCCUCCUCCUCUCUCCUCUCCUCCUCUCCUCCUCCUCCUCCUCCUCUCCUCUCUCCUCCUCUCCUCCUCCUCUCUAACCUCUCCUCCUCUCCUCCUCUCCUCCUCCUCUCCUCCUCUCCUCCUCUCCUCCUCCUCCUCCUCUCUAACCUCUCCGUUUGUUCUGGUUCAGGUUAGGGAUCGUGGACCCGGACCUCCCUCCUCCUGGUCCUCUUCUCUCUCCUCCCCUCCUCUCCUCCUCUCCUCCUCUCCUCCUCUCCUCCUCUCCUCCUCUCUCCUCCUCCUCUCUCCUCCUCCUCCUCUCUAACCUCUCCGUUUGUUCUGGUUCAGGUUGGGGAUCGUGGACCCGGACCUCCCUCCUCCUGGUCCUCUUCUCUCUCCUCCCCUCCUCUCUCCUCUCCUCUCCUCCUCCUCUCCCCCUCUCCUCCUCUCCUCUCUCCUCUCCUCUCUCCUCCUCCUCCCUCCUCUCUCCUCUCUAACCUCUCUGUUUGUUCUGGUUCAGGUUGGGGAUCGUGGACCCGGACCUCCCUCCUCCUGGUCCUCUUCUCUCUCCUCCUCUCCUCUCUCCUCCUCUCCUCCUCCUCUCCUCUCUCCUCUCUCCUCCUCUCCUCUCUCCUCCUCCUCUCCUCCCCUCUCCUCCUCCUCCUCCUCUCUAACCUCUCUGUUUGUUCUGGUUCAGGUUGGGGAUCGUGGACCCGGACCUCCCUCCUCCUGGUCCUCUCCUCUCCUCUUCUCUCUCCUCCUCUCCUCUCCUCUCUCCUCCUCUCCUCCUCUCCUCUCCUCCUCUCCUCUCUCCUCCUCCCUCUCCUCUCCUCCUCUCUCCUCUCUCCUCUCUCCUCCUCUCUCCUCUCUCCUCCCCUCUCCUCCUCCCCUCUCCUCCUCCUCCUCUCUAACCUCUCCGUUUGUUCUGGUUCAGGUUGGGGAUCAUGGACCCGGACCUCCCUCCUCCUGGUCCUCUCCUCUCUCCUCUCUCCUCUCCUCUCCUCUCUCCUCCCCUCCUCCUCUUCUCCUCCCCUCCUCCUCUCCUCUCUCCUCCUCCUCUCUCCUCCUCCUCCUCUCUAACCUCUCCGUUUGUUCUGGUUCAGGUUGGGGAUCGUGGACCCGGACCUCCCUCCUCCUGGUCCUCUCCUCUCCUCUCUCCUCCUCUCUCCUCUCUCCUCUCUCCUCCUCUCCUCUCUAACCUCUCCGUUUGUUCUGGUUCAGGUUGGGGAUCGUGGACCCGGAUCUCCCUCCUCCCUCUCCUCCUCUCCUCUCUCCUCCCUCCUCCUCUCUCCUCUCCUCCUCCUGGUCCUCUCCUCUCCUCCUCUCUCCUCUCUCCUCUCCUCCUCCUCCUCUCCUCCUCCUCCUCCUCUUUAACCUCUCCGUUUGUUCUGGUUCAGGUUGGGGAUCGUGGACCCGGACCUCCCUCCUCCUGGUCCUCUCUCCUCUCUCCUCUCCUCUCCUCUCCUUUCUCCUCCUCUCCUCCUCCCCUCCUCCUCCUCUCUCCUCCUCCUCCUCCUCUCUAACCUCUCCGUUUGUUCUGGUUCAGGUUGGGGAUCGUGGACCCGGACCUCCCUCCUCCUCCUCCUCUCCUCUCCUCUUCUCUCUCCUCCUCUCUCUCCUCUCCUCCUCCCCUCCUCCUCUCUCCUCCUCCUCCUCUCUAACCUCUCCGUUUGUUCUGGUUCAGGUUGGGGAUCGUGGACCCGGACCUCCCUCCUCCCGGUCCUCCCGUCAUGCGGAGCUUCAAGGUAAGCGUUUGGCGUCAGUGUGGCGACGGCGCCGUCCUCCCCGUGGCGGCGCCGGCGUCCUCUGAGGUCACGUUUGUGUCUCCUGCAGGAGUUCCUCCUGAACAUGGAGGACAGCGUGGACGAGA